AUAAGUGUAUAACGUAUAUAAUAUAAAUUUAUAUAUUAGUAAAUAUGUUCGAAAAAUACAUUUAAGUUGUUUACAUUUAGAUUCGAUUCGGUUGCAAUGAUAACUGAAGUGUACUUUUUAUUUUUAUAAUAUUUUUAACAUAUAAUAACAUGAAUAAAUCUUGUGCAGUGGUGAUUUUUAAUUUUAUUGACUUUGAUGUUCAUGAUCACUUAGAGCGUCGAACAUCGAGUCUUCGUGAUGUGGAACGACUGGAAAAAUUAUUUCAUUUGUUUAAUACAGAUAUUGAAAAAAUAAUUAACCCAAAUCUUCAAGAAUUCAAGGAAAAAAUUGACAAACUAUCGAAAUUUGAUUUCACCAAUUAUGAAUCAAUAUUAUUGAUUUACAUGUCCCAUGGUGAUACCGAAAACACAAUUUCCUGCAAGGAUGGAAAAUUUAAUUUUUUGGAAGAAUCCAAAAAGAUUUUUAGAGAAAAUUCAACUCUCAACAAAAAACCAAAAUUUAUAACAGUUCAAGCAUGUAAGGGUUCAUUUGAUGCGGAUUUUUAUGCGUACGAUGACAAGAAAGAUCUUUCUGACGAUUCUCAUAUAACCGCUAUAUUGAUGAGUUCUUUUGAAGGUUUCGUUUCAAGACUAGGUGAUGAUAACGGAUCAUAUUUUAUUGAAGUUUUUACUGAGAUGUUGAGAACAUCGUGGAACAAAAAACCUUUCUUACAAAUUCUCAAAGAUGUCAGCAAAGAGUUCAACGUUUCGCGCCAUGAAUCCGCUGGAACUAUUCAAAUUCGACCAAAUGUUUGUGAUGACAUUUCCAACUUCAUUCUUAAUUAAGCGAUCAAAAUCCUGUCAAUGGUUAAUAACUGUAAUUUAUCUUAAGAACAAAAUUAUAAAGCACAUUAAACUUA